AUGACAAAUUUUGAUGUGAUCAAGGACAUGGAUGAACGGAUUGUGAAGAGACAGAUUGGAAUACUGGAGAACAUGGAGAGAAUAAGCAACUGGAUGGUUGAGAUUGGUAAACCUACAAGCAAGAAGGACAAGAUGGUUAAAAGAUACACUAGAAGUAUUUUAAAGAGGAAGUAUAAAAGGUAUAGGAGGCUCGGUGUCUUGAAUAUUGAAGAAAAGCUUGAAGGAAAGAUAAAAAGACUCAAAGACUUCGGCCACUAUGAAUCAAGGGCACUCAAAGAGGUAGAGAUUGUGUUUAAGGAUUCAAGGCUGUAUGGGGCAGGGCUGGAGUUAGAUAAGAUCUUUAAGAAGUACACCGAUGUUCAUCUAUGUGAUGAUUAUAAGAAAUUCUUGAAGAGCAUCUGUAAACUUAAUGUGGACAAGUCUAGAUUCAGAUAUCUAGAGUAUCUAAAUGAGUUGAAGGAAUACUUGAGCGGAGUGAUCAAGAUCAAGUAUUUUGGAAUGUUCAGGAAGUUUAUGGCCUCUACACCAAGGAUUAUUGAGCGGGCAGAAGCAUGUAGUUUUAGUGAGGUAAACGGUGUAGAAGGGGUAUUUCCAAAGGUGUAUUGUGUUAAGUGUUCAAGAGAGAUUUCCAGAAGCGUAUUUGGAUACCACUUGAAGGGAAAGAGGCAUUGUAAGAAAGAAAGGGAAGAGGUUCUGUUCUGUGGCAUGCCUGUUUUGAAAGCCGAAGGAUUAAUUAAGAAAGCCCUUGAGAUUCUGGACAGAGAAAGAAGAUAUAGUAUUUCCAGGCUCUCCAGAAAGAAGAAGCGUUUAAGGAGCGAUGUUCCGAAGUGGCUAUACAAACGAGAGGAGCUGGACAUAUCAUUUGAGUGUGACAUCUGCGGAUACUCUGGAUAUGGAAGAGAUGGGUUUGAUCGGCAUUUUGGGGAAGAUUCUCACAGAAAAAGUGUAGCCAGAUAUGGAAUCAAGUAUUCUCCAGCACUCAAGGGAAUCACAAGAGUUGGGAUUCUUAUGAAGAUGAAGGAUAGAGUGGAGGAGUCUGAGAGCUAUACAGAAGAAUUUGAGGAUGGAGAUGGAAAUGUGUUUGAUAGAAGAACAUAUGAAGACCUUAAAAGGAAUAAUCUUAUCUAG